AAGCGCGCGGGCGGGGCGGGGUUCGGCGGCGCCCGGCGAGGACCAAAGUGCGUCUUCAGACCGGGCAAAACCCAGUUGGGUUGGACAGCCAUGCCCAAGUACUGCCGGGCUCCGAACUGCUCCAACAAUGCGGGCCAACUGGGCGCGGACAACCGCCCGGUUCCCCCUGAAGGAUGGCCCCCGGCUGCAGGCCUGGCUGAGGCACAUGGGGUGUGAGCACUGGGUGCCUAGCUGCCACCAGCACCUGUGCAGCGAGCACUUCGCCCCCUCUUGCUUCCAGUGGCGCUGGGGCGUGCGCUACCUGCGGCCGGAUGCUGUGCCCUCCAUCUUCUCCGGAGCGCCGCCCGCCAAGAGGCAGACGAAUUCCCGAAGCACCGAGAAACCAGUCGUGCCUCCAACUCCGCAGGAAGCCACGUCCCUGUCCCCUGGUCCAGCCGUCCCGGCCCCUGGCCCCGUACAGCUUGUGGUGUUGGGGCCAGCAUCCGGGGGCCCCGAGGUCCCAGGCACCGUGUUCCUGACUCCCCUGCCGCUUCCGCCGGUUCCCACGGGGCCGCGCCCUGGAGUGUCGGCCCAGCACCCCUGGCCCGGGCUGGGCGCGGCGCUGGGAGCGCUGCAGCGGCGGGUGCGAAGGCUCCAGCGGCGCCACGAGCGGCACCAGGCGCGGCUGCGGUCUCUGGAACAGCUGGCGAAGCAGCUGCGCGCGGAGAGCCUGCUGGCGCCGGCGCACCGGGGCCGGCUGCGCGCGCUCCCUGGACCUGAGGAGUCCCAAGCCUUCACCAUCAUCUGUGGAGGGCCUGACAUAGCUGUGGUCCUUGCCCAAGGUCCUGCACCUCCCACCCUGGACGCCAAGCCUGAGCUCCUGGACACUCAGACUCCCAGUGCAUAAGGACCAGGACAGAUGACAGAAGACAGAGGAAGAGAGACGCAUCAAACGUGGGCUUGGCCCAGCCCCAUGACUCAUGCCUGGGGCAUAGCAGUGCCUCCCUCAGGGCCCUGACUCCCACCACCUCCUCCUAGGGACCCCUUGAACCUUAGGGCUGACCUGGGCCCAAGACCCCUGUCAGCAGUGAUUACCCUGGGAACCAGGUCCCAACCCCACCUUCAAUCUUUGCGGUCAGUAAAACAUUCUCAGAGCAGAGCAAGGGUUGUUUGUUUGGAGAGAGUUGUACCUGGUUCUGAAGAGCCCCUUGUACCCUUUGCCAAGGCUGGUGCCAAGCUGGGGAUACAGCAGUGAACACAGCUGACAAAAGUCCUGUCCUCGUGGUGCUCACUUUCUGCUUGAGCAGAAGAUGAACUAGUAAAUAAACAGUAUAAUUUCAGGUUGUGAUAAGUGCCAUAAAGACUGAAUGAAAAUGU